CCAGAGCAUCAAGGGCAUCCUUUAUGUUAGAAGAUAUCAUGGAGUGUAUAUUAUGUAAUUUGCAUAAAGUUCAGAAAAGUUUGCACUUUUGGCAAUCUCGGGCUGAGGGAACAAAUGCUCAGAAGAUUUAUUUCAUGAUCUUUGAAAGAGGACCACGGGCCUUUAUCGAUGGGACUUGUGAAAUGCUAAGCAGAAUUGGAAUGAAUGGAUCUCCCUUCCAGCAUUUAUCUCAUGCUGCAUCCAAAAGCUGAAGCUGGAUCUUGAGACAGCAAUGCUCGAGCUGGAUCAGAUUCUCAGGGCAAAUGAAAUCAAUUUUGCUGUUCUUGCUGCUCUGCCAGCCUUUUUUCUUUCUCUUGUUCUGCUUAAGUUGGUCCGAGUGUGGGUGAUGCGGGAUAAGAGUGCAGAAGGCAGAGGGAGAGUUGCUCGCAGGCAAAGAAGGCUUCUUGUUGUCGAAGUUGAGAGGAGACUAGUGCAGUUCCAGACUUGCAUGGAUCAAGGAAAGGAGGAGGAUGCUCGAUGCAUAUAGGGAAUGGUGCUGUAUAGCCUUGAUCGCCUGUACAAGCCGGUGGAAAGGCAUGCAAAGGAAACAGGCGAGUGGAUGAGGCCGCGAGUAUGUAGGCAUGCUACCAUUUGAUCCUCCACCACCGAGUUCGAUGGUGGGACCCGCAUUAAAGAUACAAGGGGAUGCGCCAACAUUGUUGACGGCCGAGAUUUAAUGAUCAUACAAAUCCAUCCCUGGAUCCUCAUCGCGGCGGUACAAGCUAAACUGAACAUGAUCUUUGGUUAAAUCUAACUCUGCAUCUCCUUCCUACGGCUCGAUCCAGUCUUCACAACCGAGUAGAUGAUGGGUAAGAUUUGAGCGGUUGCAUAACUCUGUGGACGGCCGAGAUCACAUCAUACAAAUCCAUCCUUGGAUCCUGAUCGCGCCGCCACAAUCUAAACCGGACAAGAUCUGGGACAAAUCUAACGGCCACCACGGAGCUCGAUGGUAGGAUCUACGGGGAAGAUAUCGAGGGGUUGCGUCCACACUUUGGACAGCGGGGACUUAUCAAAAUCCAUCCCUGGAUCCGGAUCGCGUCGCGUUCAAGAACCCGCGUCGGUCAACUUGUCCGACGACCGAUGUACGGUCGGGAUCCUUCCAUCGAGAUGACACAAAAGCUCUCCCAUCCUUUCCCUCGUUUCCUUCGCCCUUACUCUGUUUUCGCUGCAACGGCGGAGGCGGGGAGAGAAGCUAAGGGGAAGUUGUCUGUCGUCCUUCUCCCCUUCUUUUUCUCCCUCUUAUAAUUCUUAUCUAUGGAUCCUCCGGCGGCGGACGCGCAGAACGAGAGGGAGGGGUUUCUCGCCCAGGUGGACUCCUUCCUCGUUGAUGCUCUCGAGAAUCCUCGCCAUCGGCUCACCGUUCUGCGAAUGGAGUUGGCCAUCCAGAGGUUCAUGCAGAAUCCUGAUCAACAUCAAUUUGAAUUUCAGCAUUUAUCGACUUCCUACCUAAGGUGUGCUGCACAUCGUGUUGCUCAGCACUAUGGGCUUCAUACCAUGUCACUUGACAACGCGGUAGAUGGUCUAGGCAGCAGGGUGAUAGCCAGGAAAACACCUAAUAGCAAAUAUCCAGCUGUCUGUUUAUCAGAAGUUCCUCCAAAACAAAAUGAAAAGGAAAUUGCUGAACAAUUUAAGAUUGCCAUUCGUCCAAGGCCAAUGAAAGCUUGCCUGAGUGAUGAUGGCGAGCUGGGACUCAAAAAAGGUGAAGUGAGAUCCAUGGAAGAGCGCAAGGAGGAAUAUGAUAGAGCACGUGCCCGCAUAUUUAGUGGCUCUAGCAGUUCGGAGGGGGAUGGAUCGUCGCCUGCUGAUUCAAUUGACAGGAGAAGCUUGCCUUCCAGUAUGGAUGAGCAGGAAUAUGCACCAGAGGAGAUCGAAAAGACCCAUAGCAAAGAUAGUGCAUCUAGGGUUGCCAUUUUCCGAGAUAUGGAGAAGGACCGCACUGAUCCAGAUUAUGAUCGGAGUUAUGAAAGGUACGUUAGAGGACCCGCAGCGUACCAGAAUUUUGGUCUGCAAGCAUGCAAUAUUCUUCAGCCUCCUUUCGUACAGUAUGAGGCAGAUGUUUCCUCAUUCAGCCCCAUGUCAAGGAACCUAGCGAACCCAUCGGUGAACCCAUAUUUUGCUUUCGGAUACGACCAGAACACAAAGGAUGCUUUCUGCAUGCAGUGGCCCAACCCUGCAAUGAUGUAUGCAUACUCCUACGAACACUUCAGGCAGGCUAAGUUUCAGGCACCAUUGUAUCAGCAACCUCUGAGCUUUGAGCAUCCGAGGAACUUCUAGCCCUAGGCAAGCUGUGUCCAUCUGUUCUCUUUGGAUGUAGAGUAGAUGUGGGUUGUUGUUUUGUAGUGCUACUUUAAAGACUCUUUAGUCUUUGAUUUGGAGGUGGGGGGACACUUGUGUUGUUUGUGUGGUAGAUAUGUGAUCGCCUCUGUACUUUGAUUGCA